AUGCUCUCUCUCAUCAUCUCCGCUGAACUUACCGGAGUUACCGAACUUCGCCCCCGCGAUACUGAAGAAGAACCCUACUACUAUACUUUUAAGGUCCAAUGCACUGGCUGCCGGGAGAUUCACCCCAACUGGGUCAGCUUCAGCCGCUUUGAGCAACACGAAAUCCCUGGAAGCCGUGGAGAAGCGAACUUUGUGUGGAAAUGCAAGCUUUGCCAGAAAACCCAUUCGGCCUCAAUUGUAGCCGGCCCAAAUGUCUAUGAACCUGCCGACAAACGUAAAGGUCAGAAAGUAAUCGAUAUCGACUGUCGUGGACUAGAGUUUACUGAGUUCAAACCCGAUGGUGAAUGGGAAGCCACGGGUGUCGAGUCUUCGACACCGUUUACGGCUAUUGAUUUAUCUGAGGGGGAGUGGUAUGAUUAUGAUGAAAAGGCAGGGGACGAAGUUGCCAUUAAAGAGAUUAGCUGGGAGCUAGGAAGGGCGUAA